CUGUUCAAAGGGUUUCAACUCAAUCGACAAUAUGCAGAACGAGGAGGGACAAAUCACUGAGCUUUACAUUCCCAGGAAAUGCUCGGCCACAAACAGGCUGAUCACUUCAAAGGACCACGCAUCCGUUCAGAUUAACAUUGGGCAUCUGGAUGAGAAUGGCAUCUACACUGGCCAGUUCUCCACUUUCGCUCUCUGUGGCUAUGUCCGCGCUCAGGUUCAUCUUCUUUCUGUCAUUUCAAUACUAUUAUGAUAAAUAUUUGUGUUU